AUGGAUUCAGACGAAUAUGACGACGACAUCGCCGAUGAAGACCUCAUUAUUGCCGCCAGCCAAGCUCCCGCACUGGCUCUAGGCCAGCCGCAAUCUGCUGGGUUCAAUUCGAGGCAAUCCCAACCCCGCGUGCAACAGACAAAAAAUCCCGGGGGUGGCCUUGGUUCGCUCCAGAUAAACCCAGUGCAGCGAGCGGGUUCUAACAUAUCGUCCUUUGUGGACUUUGCGAACUUACCUUCAGAUGCCUUCCCACGCUCUCCCCCGUCCCACCGAAGGGGCGGCGCUCAAGCUCUUCCUCAGAGGGCCCCCUCUACGGGCUUCCAGCAGCCGCCUCGUGUCGGGGUUCCGGCUCCUGCUAUGCGCCAAACUACUCUCUUCGGCCAUACCGUCCAGCGAGGGUCGGCCUCCCAGCCUAGCCAAGCCAAUGCAAACCGUGUCUUCCGCGCAGAUUUACCCCCGGAGCCACCCACACAUCACGAACUGGAUUCGGAGGCCAUGGCAACUUGGGUAUAUCCCACAAACCUAGGACCAACUCGAGACUACCAAUUCAACAUCGUCAAGAACGGCUUAUUUAACAACACCCUCGUGGCCCUGCCCACGGGCUUGGGAAAGACAUUCAUUGCUGCCACAAUCAUGUUGAAUUUUUUCCGCUGGACAAAAAUGGCCAAGAUUGUAUUCGUUGCCCCGACGAAGCCGCUCGUGGCCCAGCAAGUCGAUGCCUGUUUCAACAUAGCAGGCAUCCCAAGGUCUCAGACAACUCUCUUGACAGGCGAGAUCCCUCCUGCUCUUCGAGUCGAUGAAUGGGGAUCCAAGAGGGUCUUCUUCAUGACUCCACAAACGUUGGAAAACGACUUAUCUUCUGGAUAUGCCGAUCCCAAGUCAAUCGGCCUACUAGUAGUCGACGAGGCCCAUAGGGCAACGGGAAAUUACUCCUACGUAAAGGUUGUCACCUUUCUAAGGCGCUUCUCGAGCAGCUUCCGGAUUCUCGCUCUCACUGCCACCCCGGGAUCCAAAGUCGAGUCGGUCCAAGAGGUGAUCGAUAGUUUAGGGAUCUCCCACGUAGAGAUUCGUACUGAGGAGUCGAUCGACAUCCGUCAGUAUGUCCAUCAGAGAGAUGAAGAUAUUGUCUUACUAGACCCAUCGGACGAGAUGAACCAUAUCAAGGAGCUGUAUUCUAAGGCACUAAAGCCUCUCGUGGAAAAGCUGAGCCAGCAAAAUAUCUAUUACGGCCGUGAUCCGAUGGCCCUGACUACCUUUGGCAUCCUAAAAGCAAGGAAAGAUUGGUUUGCUCACGCUGGGCAACACGUCAAUCAGGGCGUCAAGAUUAUGAUGAUGUCAAUCUUCUCCAUUCUAGGAAGCCUAGCCCAUGGUAUCAAGCUGCUCAGCUUCCACGGCAUCAAACCGUUCUAUGAUAGCUUGGUUGAGUUUCGGGACGAAACCGAGAGCAAGGGGGCUAAGGGCUCCAAGUACAAACGGCAGGUUAUCGACUCGCCUAGCUUUCGAGAGAUGAUGGAUAAGAUCGCCAGCUGGUCCAAAAAGGACGGCUUUAUCAGCCACCCGAAGCUCACAUACCUAUCCGACACCGUCCUCAACCACUUCAUGGACGCCAGCGACGGCCGAGGAGCCGACCCGUCGAAUACUCGGAUCAUCGUUUUUAGCGAGUAUCGCGACAGCGCCGAGGAGAUUGUACGAGCUCUCAACAUCCACCAGCCACUAAUCCGUGCAGCAGUAUUCGUCGGACAAGCCGACUCAAAGAGAACAGAGGGCAUGAAGCAAGCGGAACAAAUCGACCGAAUCCAGAAAUUCAAGAAGGGGGAUUUCAACGUCCUGGUCGCGACAUCUAUCGGUGAGGAAGGACUCGACAUUGGCCAAGUCGACCUGAUCAUAUGCUACGACGCUUCCGCGUCGCCUAUCCGAAUGCUUCAGCGGAUGGGCAGAACCGGGAGGAAGCGGGCGGGGCGCGUUGUUCUGCUCCUGAUGCGGGGGAAAGAGGAGGAAAAAUACGCCCAGUCCAAGGACGCCUACGAAAAGAUGCAACGCAUGAUAUGCGAUGGAAGCCGUUUCAGCUUCCGCCACGACCUAUCCGCACGAAUCGUCCCGCGGGACAUUCGCCCGGAAGUCGAGAUGAAAGCCGUCGAAAUCCCCAUCGAAAACACGCAGAUCCAGGGCCUCCCGGAGCCCAAGAAGGGGAGGGCCACGAAGAAGAAGCCGCCGAAGAAGUUCCACAUGCCCGACGGCGUAGAGACCGGCUUUACUAGCGUCGCCGCGCUCUUGGGCAAGAAAGCGCCUGCGGCCAAGGCCAAGGCCAAGGAGCCCCGGCGGCCGCCGGCCGAGCAGGACGAGGUGGUCGACGUGCCCCGCCUCGACCGGGUCCUGCUCAGCGAGAGCCAAGUCGCCGAGCUGAACCGGGCGUACAAGCACCUCCCCAACUCCCACAUCAACACGACCGAGGACAUCGCGCAGGUGGAUCUGGCGACGCACCCGGCCGCCCAGAGGACCAUGCGCAAAACCGUGCAUCUGAAGCACGGGGAGUACACGAGGCGGUGCGUGAGGAUGCUGAGGACGAUAGCGAGCGCCUCGGGCGGCCCCCCGAGACCGCGCACGGGAUCGGACACGAGCCGUUGGCGCCAGCUGCCGCUGCCCGCAUCCGGGCCCGACUCGGACGGCGACGUCGCGGAGGCGGGGCCCGCGCGCAAGAAGCGGAAGGCCGCGCCGACGUCGGAGGACGACAUCCCCGAGCCGCCGCCGCCGGCUCGCGCGCCUCAGCCGAAGAGAGCAGCGGGGCCCGCGGUGAAGACGUCUCGCGGGCGCAGCGCCGCCAGCGCGGUGGAAGUCGACGACGACGACAGCGAGGGCGACGCGGUGCGCCUGCCGCCGCCCCGGAAGCGCAGCGCCGCGGCUCGGCCGAAAGCAACGGUGGGGCGGGCCAAGACGACGAAGACGAAGACGAAGAACCCGCGACGGACGACGGCGGCGGCGGCGGCGUACGACGAGAGCGCCGACGAGGGCGACGACUGCCGGCGCACGAGCGACCUCGAGCUGACGGACGACUCGGACAGCGGCGGGGACCUGGAGGGCUUCGUCGUGGGCGACGACGAGGCGGUGACGUCGAGUCAGGCGGCGACGUCGUCGGCGCCGGCCCGCGCCCGGUCCACGUCGCCGACGUCGCCGGCGUCCUCCUCGGCCGGCGCCGCGGGCCCCCGCCGCACGCGCACGCCCUACUACGAGCCGACCCGCUUCGACUCGACCCAGGACAGCGCCGCCGACGACUCCGCCCCCGACGCCGACGUCCCGUCCUUGAGCCAGAUCGUCCGGGAGAGCCAGGCGGCCGCCGCGGGCGCCGCGAGAGCGGGAGCGCGGCCGUGGGCCAGGGCCAGGGCGCGCGAUGAGGACGAGGACGAGGACGAGGAGGAUAGCGGGGACCAAGGCCCCGGCCCGGGGCGCAGGGGCGGCCGCGCGAGGGACAGGCGGCCGGAGAAGAAGAGGAGGGUUAUCGACGAUGACGAUGACGACGACGACUGA